GGUUGUUGGCGGGUCUCUAGGCCUCUGCGGAGGCAAAUCCAGCGGGAAUCGGAGCCAUCAGAACCGCCACCAUGACUGUGGGCAAGAGCAGCAAGAUGCUGCAGCACAUCGACUACAGGAUGAGAUGCAUCCUGCAAGAUGGCUGGAUCUUCAUUGGCACCUUCAAGGCUUUCGACAAGCAUAUGAAUUUGAUCCUCUGUGAUUGUGAUGAGUUCAGAAAGAUCAAGCCAAAGAACUCCAAACAAGCAGAAAGGGAAGAGAAGCGAGUCCUUGGUCUGGUGCUGCUUCGAGGGGAGAACCUGGUCUCGAUGAUAGCAGAAGGACCCCCUCCCAAAGAUACUGGCAUUGCUCGAGGGCCACUUGCUGGAGCUGCUGGGGGCCCAGGAAUUGGCAGGGCUGCUGGCAGAGGAAUCCCAGCUGGUGUUCCUAUGCCCCAGGCUCCUGCAGGUCUUGCUGGACCAGUCCGUGGGGUUGGUGGGCCAUCCCAACAGGUGAUGACCCCUCAAGGAAGAGGCACUGUUGCAGCAGCUACUGCUGCUGCCACUGCCAGUAUUGCAGGAGCUCCAACCCAGUACCCACCAGGCCAUGGGGGUCCUCCACCACCUAUGGGCCGAGGGGCACCCCCUCCAGGCAUGAUGGGCCCACCUCCUGGUAUGAGGCCUCCUAUGGGUCCCCCAAUGGGGAUUCCCCCUGGACGAGGGACCCCGAUGGGCAUGCCCCCUCCAGGAAUGCGGCCCCCUCCCCCAGGGAUGCGCGGCCUUCUUUGACCCUUGGCCACAGAGUUAUGGAAGUAGCUCCACAGAGGCGUGGGCCCGAUUCCCCAGGGCCACGUUACCACAGACCUGUUUGUUUGUUAUGCUGUUGCUCCCGGAGUCUCACCGGAUUUUGUCUGGUUUCCCUUACAGGGUCCCCUCCCCCGGGAAUGCGCCCACCAAGGCCCUAGACUCAUCUUGGUCCUCCUCAGCUCCUUGCCUGUUUCCUGUAAGGCUGUACAUAGUCCUUUUAUUUUCCUUGUGGCCUAUGAGACUGGUUUAUAAUAAACUCUCAAGAGAAUAUUGUAAAUGCA